GCUCUUUCCAGGCCACAUGGUCGGUCGUGCCAUACGCACGCUAUUAUAUUCCUUCUUCGAUAGAGACCUUGCUAUCGCCGUUAGCGUCAAGAUAUACAGCGCGUGGCAGAUUAGUACUUAAAGAAAGCUAGUUAUAUCACGCGUACCAGCUUCUUGGUUUUACUCUCUAUUUUUUAUUGGUUUUUAUUUUAUUUAUUUAUUUAUUUAUUUAUUUUCUUUUUCUUUUUUACGACUAUUGCGGGAAGUGGAGUCAAUUUAUUUAUCCAUUUCGUAUCUGCCAUGUGCGGAAGAGAGAGUACCGGAAUUAGUUUCCGCCUGGUACGGUGGCUUUUCUGGAAGUUGUGUGGUCUAGUUAUAGAGUACCGAACCUUGAACUGUCAGAAACGGAAUAAUGAGAAGGGAAAGAGAACGAGGAAUUGAGGGGAGGGGAGGGUGGCGAUGGAGACAGAGGUGGUGUGAGCACCUACUAGUAUAUGAGCGUAGGCGCAGAUUGCAUGAAGUAGCACCAGCUCCGCAGGAUGUAUCGACGCCUUGUCACUCAGGCGGUUUUCCCAAGAAUGUGGUUCGCGGCCUUACCCGCUUAAAACUGUAUUCACUCCGGAGCCAUCACCCUUUUUAUGACAGGCAGAUGGAUACGAGGUGGGCUCUUUCGUCUUUCUCGAAGUUUUAUCAGACGACAGCAUGCGAAGAUAAACUAAUUAUCCACUCUCCUCACCAAUCUGGUGUCAUAGUAUCUUUAUUAUUGGCACUUGAUCGCAUCAUUGCAGAUAGAAAUUUUAGUCAUAGAUUGGUUUACUUUUUCUUUUUCACUUUCUGUAUUUCUCCUCUCUCUUGCGCCCCUGAAUCCCAAGUGCAUGUCUUCGGUACCGCUGUAUGCGCCAGUUAAAUCCCACCGAUAAUUGAUAGGUCCAAUGGGACUCAUGGCACUUAUAUUAAAAUGAUAGACAGCACGAUCCCUAGGUUUGUCAAUCUUGAAAAGAGGGAAUUGCAACAGAAAAAAAUAUAAUAAAAUAAAAAUAAAAAUAACAGUACAGAAAAACAAGCAAAAAGUCAAAAGAACACUAUGGGCUCCACUGUUUACUCCGUACUGAAAAAGACUGUAUGUGC